GCUAUAUCUCCACGGCUCAUUCCAUCUUUUUAUAAUUUUGUUUUUCUCCGCCUUAGUAUCUUGCAUUCGGUUCAGAUUCCCCGCUAAUACCGGUUCGAGAAAUUUUAACACCUCCUUCACCAUGACUUCAUAUGAAGUCGAACAUUCGACCACUCCCGACACCAAUACUCGAUCCACUAGUGAAUCGCGACCCAACCCACGACACCGCCGCCCCGACCUGUCGACUUUUUUUGCAACACUCAACGAAAUAAGCCAUGACCCAUCUGAACCGCGAACACGGCCCUAUGCUGUGCCUGUACCGGGCGACGUGAGCGCUGCGUUUCGUUCCCUUGCGGAGGCGCUCGAUGUGAUUCGGCGGGAGACAGAAAGCGGAGGCGAUGCGCCGCUCCCUGUGUAUGACGGGCGGGAGCCAGAGGGACUGGCAGAAGGCGCUGACGGAGGCUUAAUUGGCCAGAUGAUAAGGACGUUGCUGCAAGAUGCGGAAGCCCCUCCACGGGAAGUGGAAGGCGUUAGUGAGGUGUUUGUUGAUGCUCUGGAUCGUGUUCCAGCUUCUUCGCUAAAGCCUUCUCAAUCGUGUCCUAUCUGCAACAACUCUUUUCUAGAUGAUCCGUACCCGCUUGUCGUCCGUUUGCCUUGUCAUACAUCGCAUCUUUUCGAUCUCGAAUGUGUGAGACCUUGGCUCCGCUUGCGAGGCACAUGUCCCCUGGAUAGAGUUGAUUUUGGGCAGAAAGAACGGGACAAGGAGCGAGAGAGAAUAGAGAGGAUGAUGAAGAGAGGAACAGCCACUGAGAACGAUCAAGAUGAAGAUUGGGAUGGCAUGUACGGGUAA